UCCUCAGAGGGGUGUCUAGUGUCUAAUCCUCUUACACUGCAGCGGGAGGAGCAGGACGGCUCCAUGUCAGCUCAACAUGGCGAGUAGCAGGAGGCGCGGCUCGGUCCCGCUGUCGGUCCCGCUGGCCUCAUAACCGGACCAGAACCUCCCGAAGGGAUGUUCACCCUCACAGAGGUAGCCUCUCUGAACGACAUACAGCCGACUUAUAAAAUCCUGAAACCAUGGUGGGACGUCUUCAUGGACUAUCUUGGAAUUGUGAUGCUGAUGUUGGCCAUCUUCUCUGGAACCAUGCAGUUAACCAAGGACCAAGUGGUUUGUCUUCCCAUCUUGGAGCAAACUCCCGCGGGGGCUGAGGGCUUCCUGGGAACACAUCCACCAGAGCCUGCAGAGGGUUUGUGGAACAAAGAGAGUGCAGUCGGGGAACAGGCUGCUCCUCUGAUGGCGAAGAGGCCUCUGGAAAUCACUCCCCCGACGGUCACGCAGCCAUCUGCUUUGGUGCCAGCGCAGCCCACGGGGGUUAGAACCAAGCUGGAUUUCCAGCAGUAUGUUUUCGUCAACCAGAUGUGCUAUCACGUCGCUCUCCCUUGGUAUUCCAAGUAUUUCCCAUACCUCGCUCUAAUUCACACUAUUGUACUGAUGGUCAGCAGCAACUUCUGGUUUAAAUACCCUAAGACGAGCUCAAAAGUAGAACAUUUUGUUUCCAUACUCGGAAAAUGUUUUGAAUCACCUUGGACGACCAAAGCGCUGUCCGAGACGGCGUGCGAGGACUCGGAGGAGAACAAGCAGAGGAUAGCCGGCGCCUCCUCUCUCCUGAAGCACCUGUCAAUGUGCAGUGAGGAAGGGAGCCCCAACCAGUCCGCCCCGAUGCUGACGAAGACGGGGCUGGCCUUCUCUGCCGAGAAGUUGGUGAGUGAAGUCCCCUCCAUGACCAUACUGGACAAGAAGGAUGGCGAGCAGGCGAAGGCCCUGUUCGAAAAGGUCCGGAAGUUCCGUGCCCACGUGGAAGAUAGCGAUUUGAUCUACCGACUCUACGCCAUUCAGACGGUCAUCAAAACAGUGAAGUUCAUUCUGAUCCUGUGCUACACCAUGACGUUCGUGGCAUCGAUAGACUUCGAUCACGUGUGUGAACCUGAAAUAAAGCAUUUGACGGGAUAUGCUAGAUUCCACUGUACGCACAACAUGGCCUUCAUGUUGAAGAAACUCCUCGUCAGCUACAUUGCUCUCAUAUGCGCUUACGGCGUCAUCUGCAUCUACACAUUGUUCUGGCUUUUUCGGCGGCCGCUCAAAGAGUAUUCCUUCGAAAAAGUCAGAGAGGAGAGCAGCUUCAGCGACAUUCCCGAUGUCAAGAAUGACUUUGCGUUCCUGCUCCACAUGGUCGACCAGUACGACCAGCUGUACUCCAAGCGCUUCGGGGUUUUUCUGUCCGAGGUGAGUGAGAACAAACUCCGCGAGAUCAGCCUCAAUCACGAGUGGACCUUUGAGAAGCUGCGGCAGCACGUGACGCGAAAUCCCCAAGAUAAGUUGGAACUCCAUCUCUUCAUGCUGUCUGGAGUGCCGGACGCCGUGUUCGAUCUCACCGACUUGGAAAUCCUGAGGUUAGAAUUAAUCCCGGAGGCCAGGAUAACGGCCAAGAUCUCCCAGAUGAUUGGCCUCCAGGAGCUGCACUUGUACCACUGCCCUGCCAAAGUUGAGCAGACCGCUUUCAUCUUUCUCUGCGACCACCUUCGGUGCCUUCACGUCAAAUUCACAGAUGUUGCAGAGAUUCCCAGCUGGGUGUACUUGUUGAAAAAUUUGCGAGAGUUGUAUUUGAUUGGCAACCUGAACUCCGAAAACAACAAAAUGAUCGGGAUUGAAUCCCUCCGAGAUCUUAGGCACUUAAAGAUUUUACAUCUCAAAAGUAACCUCACCAAGGUCCCGACGAACAUCACCGACCUGUCCCCACACCUGGUCAAACUGGUCAUCCACAACGACGGCACCAAGCUUCUGGUGCUGAACAGCCUGAAGAAGAUGGUCAACCUCGGGGAGUUGGAGCUGCACAACUGUGAGCUGGAGCGAAUCCCUCAUGCCAUCUUCAGUCUGAACAACCUGCAGGAACUGGAUCUCAAAUCCAACAAUAUUCGUACAAUAGAGGAGGUCAUCAGUUUUCAGCACCUCAAGAGACUGACCUGUCUCAAACUUUGGUACAAUAAGAUCAUCAUCAUCCCGCUGUCGAUUAGCCACGUCAAAAACCUGGAGUCGCUCUAUCUCUCACACAACAAGCUGGAAUCACUGCCCUCCUCGUUGUUCACCCUUCUUAAGCUGAGAUACCUCGAUGUUAGCCACAACUCCAUCGCGGUGAUACCUCCGGAGGUGGGCUUCUUGCAGAACCUCCAACACUUUGUCAUUACGGGCAACAAAGUUGAAGUGGUCCCCAAGCAGCUGUUCAAGUGUAACAAGAUAAGAACGUUAUGUCUCAGCCACAACUGUGUCUCCUCCAUCCCUGAGAAGAUCGGCCACCUCUUGCAGCUCACGCACCUGGAAAUGAAGGGGAACUGCCUGGAUCGUCUGCCGGCCCAGCUCGGCCAGUGCGGCCUCCUCCGUCGAGGCUGCCUGCUGGUGGAGGACCACCUCUUUGACUCGCUCCCCUUGGAGGUCAAGGAGAGCAUGAAUCAGGACGCUAGCGUUUCGUUUGCAAAUGGGUGUAAAUGUCUGAGUGACGGACGGUAACACGACGGAACGUCCUCUCGUUCCCCGGUGGGUCAACUUUGCAGCUCGGCACAAACACUUCCCUAAACCACCGACUACAUCAUAGUGUACAUCAUGUCUAGAUUUGUUGCUCUUCUUUUCUUUUCCAUUUUUUUUUCAGUUCAUGUGCACAUACUAGUUGUCGAAACACUGCCGUCUUUUCUCUUUUGUGUCCACAAAUAUAAUGUGUCCAAAGGAACAUUUAACAGAACCCUUUUAUAGCUGUGAAUUAUGGAGAGCUUUCACCCGAACAGUCGUGAAGAACAGAGCAUCAAUCUGAGGAGGAUGGCUCCCGAAAACUGUAGAAGUACUUUGAUUAUCUUCAGUUUAAAAUUUUUAGUUCAACUAAAACCAACAUUACACUUUUACUUUCCUCUUUUAUAUAAGUAAGUACCACCACUACACACCUGACCUUAAGUAAUGGCAUGUUCUUACACAUCGGUUCCACGCUCACGUCUUGUGCUGUUCCCCGAACAUUGCUGAAGUAUGGAGUUUUGAUUAGUUUCGUAUCUUCAGUCAAAUCACAAUGGCACAUUUAAGUAGUUGUAACUUUUGUAAAAAAUCUAUUUAUUGUGUAAUGUGCUUUUAUUUUUAUGCUCAGCCCUUUGUAAGCCUGUUUUUAAAAUGUGCUACCUUAAUAAAAGUAUUCCUAUGCUGCA